UAGGUGGUGUGGGUGUGUAGUGAGACAGUGGAUCCUGGGGGUCCACACGAGUGUGAAGAUUGGAUAAAGGGCAGGGAGCUCCUUGAAUGUGUUGGAGAAGAAUUAAUGGGAGGAAUGGUGGUAUCCUGUGAAAAAUGGUGGUAGAAAGUAUUCAUGGGAGAGUAGAGUCAAGGGUAGUAGAUAUGUCAGAGCCCUGGAUGAGGCAGCCAUGGGAUCAAGUAAUAUACUAUGGAGGUGAUGGUGGGGGAGGGGUGGUGUCAGAAAACUCCCUGAUUGUGUUGGGGCAAUAAUGGAGGCAACAUUGGGCAUAUCUCAGACUGGGUGGGACAAAUAGAGGCAGGUGGUUUAGGGGUUAGGAAAAGAAAAGGGAUUUGUGGGUCCCAGACGUCCUAGAGAGUUGGGGGUGGAAAGCAUUUGUUCAUCUGCUUUCCCCACCACACCCCACCUCUGCCUGUUCCUAGCCAUGGCACAGAGCCAAGAGGAUAAGGACAAGAUACUUGGUGGUUAUACAUGCAUCCAGAACUCCCAGCCAUGGCAGGCGGCCUUACUGGCAGGUCCCUUUCGUAGUUUCCUCUGUGGAGGGGUCCUGCUGUCAGGCCAAUGGGUCAUCACCGCUGCUCACUGUGCCCGCCCGAUCCUUCAUGUAGCCCUGGGCAAGCACAACCUGAAGAAUUGGGAAGCUACCCAGCAGGUGCUGCGUGUGGUUCGCCAGGUGCGACACCCCCAGUACAACUCCCGGACCCACAACAACGACCUGAUGCUGCUGCGGCUGGAGCGGCCUGUUCGGCUGGGGAGGGCGGUGAAGCCCAUUGCCGUGGCCAGUACCUGCAUGAGCCCAGGGACCCCCUGUCUCGUGUCUGGCUGGGGCACCACAUCUAGCCCCAUUGCCAGGUACCCCAACUCCCUGCAAUGCGUGAACAUCAACAUCUUCUCGGAUCAAGAGUGUCAGGGGGCUUAUCCCGGAGCCAUCACUGCCGGCAUGGUCUGUGCAGGUGUUCCGCAAGGAGGGAAGGACUCUUGUCAGGGCGACUCAGGGGGACCCCUGGUGUGCAAAGGACAGCUCCAGGGACUCGUUUCCUGGGGGAUGGAGCAUUGUGCCCUGCCCGGCUACCCUGGGGUCUACACCAACCUGUGCAAGUACCAGACCUGGAUCCAGAAAACCAUACGGAGAAGAUGAUUGUUGGUAUGACUUAACAUCAGCUGCCCAGCUGUCUCCCCAGACCCUGCUCUCUCCACUCAAGACCCAGGAGUCCCAGCCCCCAGCCCCCCAGCCCUCCUCCUCCCUCAGACCCAGGAGUCUGGGCCCCCAGCUUCUCGAUGGGGACCCCUGGCCCAGGACUCCCCUUUCCCAAAGAAGUUCCUUCAGGUUUUCUCUCCACUCCCCAACAACACCAUUAUUCAAGACCCUUCGGUACAGGGACAAGAGCAUGAAAACACAAACUGGCAUCAUACCCCAAAGAAGACAGUUUUCAAAGCUUAGUGUCUCUAAAAACU